AUGCGCAUCUUUGUGGAAAUGCCAACGGGCAAAAAAAUUAUGAUGGUAGUGCACCAAUAUGACACCAUUAAAAAUGUCGAAAAUUCAAGCCGAAGAAGGAAUUCCGGGUGACGAACAAUGAUUGAUCUUUAUAGGAAAAUAUUUGUCGGAAGUUCACCGUACUUGUAUCGUAUUACAACGUCCAGAAUGGAUCUACCCUAAAAUUGACAGUCCGUGAUGAUAGUUCGGGUGUUGAAAUUUUCGUGAAGAACCUUAGCGGGAAAACGAUCGCUUUGGUUGUGAAACCGACCGGCACCAUCCGUGAUUUAAAAGCUGAAAUUCAACACAAUGUGGGAAUCAAACCGGAAAAUCAAAGAUUUACGUAUGGGGUGGGGAGGGGGUGGAUGGGGGGGCUCAAUCACUUCCGUUUGCUAUUAGACUGCAAUAUUCAGAAACAUUGCACACUAUAUUUGGUAUUCCGUCUCCUCGGCGGCUGUACCAAUUCAUUUUGGAUCAACGUUUCCUUUCAGAAGAUGUGCUAUUCUUGAUAAUCGGAAUAAUCUCCCUGGUAGAAAAAGUGUUCAACCCGUUCACAGCGCUCGCUCCACUUAGAAUCUAA